GAGUGUGCAGGAAAGGGGCCUCCGGGCUCCUCGAGCGCCGUCUUUUCUUCCGUCCCGUCGUCCAGAAGCGCGCCAGGCCCCGAGUGCGUUCGGACGGCGGCGGCGCUCCAAAGUGGAGUCGUCCCCCCGUCGUGGUUGUUGGACUGCAUGCUUUCAUAUAGUUGGCUGGGACAGGAAGUCGGAAUUGCAGGAGAGUGAUUCAGCAGCACUGUUGUUUUGCUCGACAGCUGAGCGGCUUCUUCCCAGUGACUGGCAAACUUUGGCGACCUCGCUGCUAACUUGCAUCCUAUUCCCCCAGCGCCCGAGAACUUGUAGCGCGCGCGCAGACUUUACAGCCCUCGGAGUUCCGGAGACCUUUAUAGGUAUCGGGCAAUCGGGUUGGGUUUGCACCCCCGUUUGGCAGUCGGAAAGGGGGUGGUGGAGGAAAGAUGAGGGGGAACACCUUCCCGGCCUUCCCGUAGUAGUGCUGCUGCUACGGUACUUACAGGGCGUGGCGGUGGCUGUUGUCUGGCCCGAAACAAAGCCGUGCACAACAACAUGAUCACGCCCUUGCUUUUCGGAAGCAAAAACUUCGAGAGGGUCCCCUCCCCAUUCGUCUUGUAUCUAAAAGGGUAGGGGAAAAGCGCACGCGCGCGCCGGGUGUAUUUGCUUUUAAGUAAACCAGGAUAAGGAGUGGUAUGUUUUGAAUGGCUGGGUUCCUGGGGGCGGAGGGCGCUCGCAACUUUUGUGCAAGGAGCUUUCCAGGGCUGGUGCCUCUUAGCCAAGGAACUGAUAAUUUCUAAUAAACUUUUGCAAACGCUCCCCCCUUGAAAGGGGCUAGAGCAGAAGUCUUCCAUAGCAAGGGCAGAGUCUGAAAUAACACUCAGAAAUUCAUAGAGCAAGUUCUCAGAUUUGCUGAUUUUACCAUCUCCAGUGCUGUUUAUAUACCGGUAAAGUUUUACUGGCUUGGGUCAAUAUAUGGGAUAGCUAGUUUCUCGUAAUAGCUUUAAAAAGAAAUAAAUGCACCCCUAGUGGUUCUGCUGCUUUUAAAUAUAACUUGGUGUUGGGCAGUGCCUACUGAAGUGAGGGUCUACUAGGUGCAAAAUGCACGCCUCGUUUUUAGGUGGUUUAUGGUUCCCUUCUUCAGUUAUCAGGCACUCUGCCUGCUCACCCACUUUAAAGUGCUUGCCCCACUUUAAAUGUCUCCACACAAAAGGGAGGGGACAAUUUGCUUUGUAUACAAAAGUUCCCAGGUUCAAUUCCUGGCAUCUUCCAUUAGGGCUGGGAAGUACCCCUUUCUGAUACCUGUGGAGAGCACCUGCAAAUCAGUGUAGACAAAACUUAAUCUGCCCUUUAUUCUCUUUCCCUUGCCCACCUAAAACAUUAAAGCGUAUUUUGAAAAUGGCAUUGAUCUUAUUUGUGCACAACUAUAAGCUGUAGUCUGGAACAAACUGGCUUGCCACAAGUGAACAGUAAGCUGGUGGGAACACACCUGUCAAGCUGCUCUUUUCUGAGCUGGAGGAAAACAAACCACAGUUCUGGAUUAGUGUUGUGUGAGAACCGGUGUUCAUGGUUUGUGCUUCUUCAAACAAACUGCAAGUACCAGUUCCUACCCUAAGCCAGCACUGUAGUUUGUUUGUUUCCAGUUUAGAAAACAGUGGAAAGGGACAGGUACCAUUUAAGCUGCUGCUGCCAGCCCACUGCUCAUUCCUGUUGUUAGAAUUUCUAUACCGCCCUUCAUCUGAAGAUCACAGGGUGGUUUACCAUAUAAAGUAAGCUGUAGUUGUUUCAUACUGGCUUACGAUUGUGUGCAAUCCAAGCCCAUACAAGCUACUUGCUUAAUGCCUUUGUUUUGUGUGAAGCUGACUGUUUAGAUCAGACAUAUCCAAACUGCGGCCCUCCAGAUGUUUUGGCCUACAACACCCAUGAUCCCUAUCUAACAGGACCAGUGGUCAGGGUUGAUGGGAAGUGUAGUCCAAAACAUCUGGAGGGCCGAAGUUUGGGGAUGCCUGGUUUAGAUGCUAUCCCUGUCCGUCUUGUAGAUAUACAAAGUUAUCAUCGGAGGUUUGGCUCAUUCGAGCAAAUCUGGACACACAUUGCAAAUGUGAUUGUCUGAAUAUUGUAAUGAUUUCUUCCUGACCUUGGCCACGCAGGGGAAUUUCAAAGAAUGCUGCCUGAUUGUAGUCUGAGGGUGGAUGGGAGAUAGUAUGAUGAUGGCAGGAAAUAAUUCAACCUGCCAGGGGUGUCAAAAGGGUUUUCUGGGCCUCAGGACACUGUGUGUGGAUUGGGCUCUCUGCUCCACUUCUGAAAUACAACAGGUUUACAUGACAAUUUCAUGUGCUUUGGCAACUAGACUUUCCAUUUUGGCAACUGUAACCUUGGUUUAAGGAACCAUUUGGCACCAAGCUUAUAUAUCUUGAGUUUCUAAUGCUGUGAACAAGACACAUCUGACAGUGUAAGCAGACAAUGCUUUCCCCCAUAAUUGUAUUUUCAUACUAGAGAAAGCUUAACCUGUUUAAUUUCUGUCUGUCAUACAGUUCCUAAAGACAUAAGAACCAUGCUCUCCCCUAAUGGCAGCCCAUCAGAACUUUGCCCGUGGGACUUGCAGAUGGGGUCAGAACUGCCGAUUCUCCCAUGAUAGGAAGUCUACUCAGAUCUGCAGAUAUUUCCAGAAUGGGUUUUGUGAUUAUGGAGACCGCUGCAGCUACCAGCAUGUCCUGGAAGCACCACCCUUGAGCAGAUGUGGCUCAGAGGCUGCCUACCAUGGACUGCGUGGAUUGACUGUGAACCGCCGAGGCUCGGAGCCGGCCAUCUUGCCAGAAGCUACAGUGAGGAGUUGGGGAGGGGCCCGGCGCGGCUCUGAACCAGCUGUCUCUGGCAUGGCACAGCUACAGAGGAACUUUGGGAGCAUGAGGAUGUCAUUUGAGGAGGAGGAUGAAGAUGAUGAUAAAGCCAUCCCUUCCUGGCACCCUCCAAACUGGGCCCUCAGUAAAGAAUUUGUUCCCAGGCAGGCUGCUUCAGGUUCCACAUCCCAUGAAGAGAGACUUGACACCACUUCUCUGAUGCCAGAAGAAGCCUCAGCCAAGGAGGCUGCUCCUGUUUCUGUGGUCUCGGAAGAGCCAAAGGCAGCUGGCGGUUCAGAAGCGGCAGAAGCUGCUGCUUCUGCAGAGGUGCAGAAAAGUGAGGAUGUGGUGUGCGGAAUCUGCAUGGACAAAAUCUCUCAGAAGACCUUGCCUCAGGAGCGUCUGUUUGGCAUUCUUCCUAACUGCUCCCAUGCCUACUGCGUGACCUGCAUCCGGAAGUGGAGGAAAAGCCGGGAUUUUCACAAUGCGGUGAUUAAGGGCUGCCCAGAGUGCAGAGUCACUUCAACUUAUUUCAUCCCCAACCAAUACUGGGUUUCUGAUUCAGAAGAGAAAGAAAAACUGAUUGAGAAUUUCAAGGCACGGACCAGCAAAAUAAGGUGCAAAUUCUUUGUCAGAAGCAAUGGCCACUGCCCCUUUAAAUCAGAGUGCAUCUACCUGCAUGAGCUGCCCGGAGGUCGGCUCCCGGCUGCAAAGCCGCAACAGAGACCUGAACGGCGGAGACGGCGGACCGUUGCCUAUAACCGAUCUCCAUCUGACAGCUCGGAUGAAGAUGACGACGACGAUAUGUACCUCAUCCAGUGGGCUCUGACUGUUGCACUGUUGCAGAGGGAGAGGGACUUUGACUAUUCGGACUUUCUCAUUUGGGAUUCGAGUGAUUCUUCUGACUAGAUGAUGACGGUGACGAAGACGUCAUUGGAGGCUGCGGGAACAAUCUUACUGACAUGUGAAGCUGUGGCUUGGGGAGAAUAGGUGGGGAAGGAAGGGAUAUUGAUCAGUUGAAGGGUUGUCUGAGGGGGGGCGGGUCUUCUGGCGGGUCUUCAUUGCAUUUUGCCUGGAAUCUGUAAGCUGGGAGAACAUAGUGCAAGGACCCAUUUUAUGUUGGGAAGGCCUCCUGAUUCCACAGGGCAAGAUAAUGACUGUCACCACUGUUGGCAUACGGUAUCUUAACACAUCACCCAAGUGCACUGCCAUUCUCCUAUCCCUUGCUUGGCUAUAUCUUCACGUUCCUUUCCCCUGCCCUCAACAUUUUAUCACAUCCUGGGCUUCCCAGCAUUGGGAUCCAUGAAGACCCUCCCAGCUGUAUCUCUUCUAGGAGGGUGCCAGGUUCUGCUGGUGCUCAGGAAGUCUGUGUAUACUGGAGACACUUGAGUUUUCAGGUAUGUUCGUGGUGCUGCUAGUUGUUUCCUCAGGGAGGCAGGCUUGCUGAGCAGUGCUAUUAUCUGCAGCAGGCAGCACCUGCAUCUUGCUUUUUCUCUAGCAGUGCUAUCGGGUAUCUCUCGUAGGCUUACGGAGGAGGGGUAUAACAUAGGGUAGUGCGAACUAAAUCUUGAAUUUUUAUUGAUGCAGUGAUCAAUUUAGUAUUGGAGGCUUAGAACUCGGUGAUUUAAACCCUUAGGAUCUGGGAUCGGUAAGCCCCCUGAAUGUAUUUUUAAUCCUAGAAGGAUCAAGAGAGCGUAUCAAAUAAAAUGAGCUUUAGAAAUGUA